AUGCGCUUCUCAACCGCGCUCACAGCGCUGCUGGCGCUCCCGGCAUCUACCAUCGCGGCGCCGCAGCCUAUCGACAACAGCGAGCUUGUCGAACGCGAACGCGAAGCUGCGCGCGAUACUAGUAUUGGAUUUUUCGCAGAUGUCUCUGAUCUGUGGAAGAGGAAAGGAGGGGGAGGAGGAGGGGGAAAGGGCGGUGGGAGUAGUAGUUCGAGUGGGAGUGGGAAGGGUGGUGGAAGUUCAGGCAGUUCGAGUAGCGGAGGGAGUUCGAGUUCGUCUUCAGGAUCCCGCGGCUCUUCAUCCUCCAACGCAGGCGGUUCCACAAAGACAGGCUCAGGCGUAACCCCAAGGUAUGGAGGCUUUUACGGCGGCGGCGCAAAGACGCCAUAUUCAGCUGGAGCUCGCUCGCCCGGAGGCGUCUCCCCGCUCUUGCUCGGUGCAGGCGUCGGCGUAGGUGUGGGUGCUGCUGUUGGAAUCGCGGCAUAUCCAGGACACUGGCCAUACGGCGCAUAUGCAUAUCCAUACGGCUCUCCAUAUACAUUCCACAACCGCACUGCCCGCCGCAACUCUUCCGCUACUUCGACUUCAUCGUCCGCAUCCGCAACAGCGACGCCUACAAAUGCCGCACGCUCUCUUCCCCUAGGGGCCCGGCAGGAUGAUGAUCAGGGAAUCAAUCAGACGAAGCCCAUUACUUGUCUCUGUGCUCAGUAUGCCGUGUGUGGCUGCGAUGAUAAUAACAAUGCUACGUUUUUGAAUUCCUUGAUUGGCGAUGGGACGUAUGCGAGCCUGAACACGACUCUCGUCAAUGUCGCAGAUAUCAACGGCACCUCUACCAUUGUCCUCAACGGUACACUGCCCAAUGGCACCACUGCUUCAGGCGGAACGGAAAGUGCCAGUGGAGCAGUCAGCACGUUGAGCAAUUUGGCCGGUUAUUGGGUUAUGGUUGUGUUGGUUGGGUGCACUGCUUUCUUGAUUUGA